AUUCUCAAAUAAUAGCCUGCAUAUCACAUCGCCCAUGCUUAUUCAUUCCACAACUUUUCGUCAGCUUGCAUCCACACCCACGCGGAACAUACACGUCCAGGCGCGCACACACGCGCACGCACGCACACUGGCACACACACUCGCACACACACAUAACCACUGCAAAAUCCUUCGCAACAACCGCCUUUUUGGACACCUUGAAGCCAAUGAGCGAUGAUGAUCAAGCUAGAGAUGUAUAUAUGAGCAGAGUUCAAGAAGAAGCACAUUAUCUCAUGUUGUCUACUGGCACGAUGCCUCGCAAAGAAAGGAAACCAAUACGUCGCCGCAAACCUACAGCGAGGAAAACUGCAGUGAGGAGUAUAUUCAGUAAGCCAGAGCGGAAUGCAUCGAGCCUUGAAUAUGACUCCGAAGAUUCAGAGAUAGAGGCAGCCGCACAAGGGAAAGGUGCUCGCUACAUUGCCGCAACUGAUUUCGGAGCGACGUAUACUGCCAUUUCGCUCCUACGUGUCGACGAGAAUGGAAAUGCAGACCCAAAUAUAAUACCCAUCUCAAAUUACCCAGACGACCCGAGGACUGUGAUGGGCGAAUCAAGUAUUCAAGUUCCAACUCAGAUUGGAUAUUGCGACAACGACCUAGAAGAACAGCUAUCCGUCGAACCGGAUUCUAGGACGUACGAUGCCCUUCUUCAGUCUGACUCUGACGAGUACCAAGUGUCGAAGUCCAGAUGGUACAAAUCUAAGCUUCGGGAGACCAAGAAGAACCAGAAGACUACAAUUUGGGGAUUCGAAGUCCAGAAUAAGCUCAACCCAGAGAUGGAUAGUGCCAAGGUAAACCUUAUUUCUGGGUUUAAGCUUUUAUUAGACAGGAGCGAAGAUACAAAGUCGGAACGAGAGUAUAUUUGCAAUACCAUGGAACAGUUACAACGCCGAAAACUCAUCGCAAAAGAUGAGAACAUUAUCGCCACUUUUUUGACGCACUUAUUUCUACAUGCAAAACAACAGUCGAGAGAUGUGCAUGGGAUCCCUGCUUCAGCUUGUAUUGAGCAUGCCCUUAGUGUUCCCAUAUUAUGGGAUGCUUAUUCCCGACUACUGUUUCAAAAUGCUAUACAAAUAGCAAUUGAAGCCUCGGGGUUUGGUACUAUGGAAAAUUUGUUCUUUGUCUCUGAGCCCGAGGGAGCCUUGACCUACGUACUGUCAUCAUCGUCGGAUUACAGGCCUGGAGAUAAGGUUUUGAACCUUGACCUUGGUGGCAUAACUGUAGAUGCUGGAAUUUUUGAAGUCAAGCACGACUUCCCCUUGAGACUCGGUGAUGAACCCCUUGUUACACCAGAAGGGCCCUUGCAUGGAUCAAGCUUCCUUAACAGCGAUUUUCGGAAGCACCUUGAGAAACGCUUAGAAGACGAUAUUGAACCUGUAGAGAGAAACGGGCGUAAAUUUCAAGACGUCCUCGAUGAAUCCACCUGGGAGUUUGAGAGGAAUAUUAAACGAAAUGUGGACUUUUAUAAGCCACUGCCAUUACGAUACAUCAAAGCUGACGGAAUUAAAAAGGAUCGUACGAAGCGAUUCAUAGAUAAUAAUGUGAUACUAGAACGAUCUGAUCUUUAUGAUAUAUUUGAGCCUCGCUUGACAGGAAUCAGGGCACUAAUACGACAACAACAUAUCGCUGCAAAACAGAAAGGGCAUAUCGUGGACAAAGUUGUCAUGACCGGAGGUUUCUCAACAUCAGAAUCUAUUCGGGGUCUUGUACGGAUAGUCCUCAAGCAAAUAUCGGCAGAAUUUGGCUAUCCAGUUGCGUUAAUGAACGAUUGGAACAAUACAGUACCUCCAGAUUAUAUGUCACGCGGGGUAGCCCACCGGGCCUACCAGAAAUACGGUGGCCCGUUAAGAAUAUCGGAACUCAGCUACGGGUUUGAGAUAAUGGAGACAUAUGAUCCCGAAGUAUUUGAAGCUCAUAGAGGCAUUACACCCCAUGUGGACGAAACUGAUGGUUGCAAGUACGUGAAAAAUGUACUAGAUUGGCCUCUUACCAAGGGUAUUGAACUUGGCGAACAUGCAGAAUACCCAGUUCCCCUUUAUCACUAUUUCAACGUAAGGAAGAAAACAGUCACAUUCGAAGAAACACUCUAUGUGUCCAACACAUGCACGGAAUCGCAUUACAGUAAGCACCAUGAGAUGAACAGGGGAAAGUUCCAAGUUGCAGGGGUAAUCUCAGUCGACAUGACCCCCCUUGCGACAAGCGGCAAACUAGAAAUCGUGAAGAAUAAAAAAACUAGGCAAUCCUUUUACGUGGUCGAAUUUGACCUUGUUAUAAUUGUUAACAGCCGUGGGUUAACAUACGAGGCCCGUUAUCCAAGAAAAAGUAAAGUCAGCUGGGGCCAAAGCCAGAGUUGCAUCGCAGCCGCAUUUAGGCCUGGAACAAUGUGACAGAACUAGCUUCUCUACCCCGCAAUAGGAUAUGGAAUUUCUUGGAAGUUUGGAAUGUGGUAGGGCGAGUAGACUGUUUCAUUAUACUCGAGUAGAGAUGACCGGCGGUUUACUUUGGUGAUCGAAUGAUGGUGGUGGGACGAAGAAUUUUCGGAUUGGAAAUGUCAUGCAGGAUACAGUGUUGGAUCGGACAAUAGCAAGGUGGUGUUUAAUAUUUCACAUAGUGUAUUGCUUGAAAUUAGGUUUUAAUUGGCG